CCACGAUUGAUCCCUCGGAAGAUACACAGAUAUACAAGUAGUAUAAACCGCAAUCUGAUUACGUUUUAAUUGCCUCUUCCCUGCACCAACAAGCAACAACGAACAUACACCAUGGCCACCGCACAAGCCGAGAAACCCAAGACUCAACAGCCUCCCACUUACACUAACGACCCUGACGACUCGGAGACUGAUUACGAUUCGGAUGACUACAUCUCUGAGGAAGAGGAAGAUCAAGCACCGCAACAACAGAAGCAGACGGCCCAGCGUCGCCGGCGACCUCAAGCCCAGGGUCAGACUUACGACGAUGACGAUGACAAUGCAGAGUACUCUGAUGACUAUGCCUCGGACGAGUACGACGAUGACGACGAUUACGACGAUGAAUAUGACGAUGACGAGCAAGAAGCUGUGCAAGCGAUGGAGCGCUGGCAGCCUACUACGAUAAGCAGCAGAGACAACAAGAACCUCUCCAACGGCGCAAUGGAUCCGGCACCCUCGAACGACCAGAAGGGCGCAGAUGAGGAGGGUAUGCGCCUGAAGUUGGAACUGAACUUGGAGAUCGAGGUUGAGCUGAAGGCUCGCAUCCACGGUGAUUUGACAUUGGCUCUGCUGUAAGUGACCCCCACUCCUGCACUAUACCCCCAUACUCCCUCCUUUCUCUCGUGCUUGUCUGCUUUUCUUGUGGUUCGCCUCGAAGAGAACCUUCGAGGUAUCUUUCCUAUAUGAGAGAGUCUUCGGGGGUUUUCCGACCCGGCAACACUGAAAAACAACAACCACCCCACAAAAACUCCCGUUGGACUCCGCUUAAGCAACUGAAAUAGAACCUGACGGAUUGACGAUUUUUCUUUGAUGAACGCAGCGCAUGAUCCGACAUGCUCUCCACCGAUUCGAUUCUGUUGUGCUUCGAGAGCGACCGUGCCAUCCGAAUUUCUUCUCG